AUGGCGCCAACUCGCCCAAACAAAAAGUCGAAAAAGAGAAUCGAAAAGAAGCCUGUCAACCCCGCACUACUCCUCGCCGAGGCAGUCGCAAAGCUCCAAGAAGGCGAUCUUGAGAAAGCGGCCGCGGCUGGAAAGAAAGCGCUCGAUGGCACCGGCUCAGGCGGAGACUAUGAGCUGGCGGCCAUCAAUCUUCUGGGACAGAUCAGCAUUGAGAUGGGCGAGAUUGACGAUGCAAGAGCCUAUUUCAUAAAGGCCGUUGAGCUCGAUCAAGACGGUUCUCUGGAUGAGCGCAUAGGCGGCGGACCCGAGAAGUUCCUCUGGCUGGCGCAACUCAGCGAAGACGGCGGCCAGGACAGCGUGAAGUGGUUCGAGCGUGGAGCAUCGUCGCUCAGGGGCCAGAUUCAGACGUUGGUGGACCUACCGAAGCGCAACGAGGAACAGGAGGCGCAGCUCGAGGAGAAGAAGAAGAAGCUGGGCGGAACACUAUGUGCCGUUGCUGAAGUGUACAUGACGGAUUUAUCAUGGGAGGCCGAUGCGGAGCAGAAGUGCGAAGCGCUCGUCACAGAGGCGCUAUUGGUGGCACCCGAUCUGGCGGAAACAUGGCAGACUGUUGCCAAUGUGCGGAUAUCCCAGGAAAAAACGGACGAAGCGAAGGAGGCUCUGAAGCGGAGUCUGGAGCUGUGGACUGACUUGCACCCCCUGGACCCCAACGUGCCCGACUUCUCCACGCGCAUCAGUUUGGUGCGUUUGCUACUCGAGGUGGAAAUGGAACAGGAGGCCAUUGAUGUGCUGGAGAGGCUCGUCGGUGACGACGAUCAAAGUGUCGAGGCCUGGUACCUUGGCGGCUGGGCACUCUUUAUCUUCGGCGAGAAGCAGAGAGAAAAGAAGCUGGAGAGCAAGGACGAGGAGGAAUGGAAGGUCACAUGGAGCACCUCGCGUCGCUGGCUGAUGCGUUGCAUGAACCUGUACGCCGCUCAGGAUUAUGAGGAUGAGCGUCUGGGUGAACACGCCAAAGAGUUGUUCGCCGCAAUCAACAAGGAGCUAGGCGACCCCCCGGCAGACGAGGAAGAUGAUGACGGUUGGGAGGACGCUGUCAGCGAUGGUGAUGAGGCUAUGGAAGAGUAA